GUUAGGUUUUAAGCAAAAAUAUUUUGAGAACAAAUAGUUCAUGUUUGAAACAUGGAAACAAGAAAAGUUUCUUUGAAAUAUGAUAUACCAGAUGAAUCGGAAGAUGACAAUGUAAUUGGAAAAACUGAAGAACCUCAAACUGCUAAAGAUUUAUUUGCGGUUUUUGCCCCAGACUCGGAUAGUGAGUCUGAAGCUGAUAUCGAAGAGGAUAAAGAUUUCACCCCUUCCAACAAAAAGAAAAAACUUGCCUCCACACCAACAAGUGGUAAAAAAAGAUAUUUACAAAAAUACCAAGCGAAAUGGAAUGAUGUACCCAGUUUCAAACCUUGGUUGUCACCCAGUGUACAUGGGGACAUAUAUUUUUAUUGUAAAUUCUGCAAGAAGGAUUAUAAAUGUGGAAAAUCUGAAAUUUUAAAGCACAUGUCGUCUAAAAAGCACAAACUGCAUAUACAACCACAAUUAAAAGUUCAUAAAAAAUUUUCUUUUCGUGGAUUGCUCUGCCCUGUUUUCACCCCUUUCAAAAGGACAAAAGCAAUGGAAGUGAACUAUGCUGUCUUGGCCCAGUAUUCUAGUUUUCUAAAAGCUUGUGGAGUGAAAGGAAUUUUAUUGAAUGACCAAAUUGGGGAGGGAAUGUCUUUGACUGUGCAAGAAAGAAAAUCUUUAACUGAAGAAUGGGUGCAGCAUUGUGAAAAAAAUGGACAAUUUUUAAUGGUUCAGAUAGGUGGUGUUCCCUUAAAAGAAGUUAUAGAUUUAGCUAAUCACUGUGAAACUAAUAAAGUUGGUGCUGUAGUAUUAUUACCUGACCUCUAUAACAGACCUAGAAAUCACUUGGAUCUUGUGAAAUAUGUGAAAUUAGUAGCCGAAGAAACAAAGGAUAUUCCCAUUUUGUAUCAUCAUCAUCCAAAAUAUACAAAUUUUGAUUUGGACAUAACUAAUUUUUUACUUGACAUUACUGGAGAAGUUGAUUCCUUUGUUGGAUUAAUACACAGUACAAAUGAUCUUCAAUCAGCAUUAUCCAGUCUUCAUGUGAAUGAGAAACACUUUACUGUUUUUAUUGGUACAGACGAGGUGAUUUUAGGUGCUGCUGCAAGUGGAUUCUCAUGUAUAAUGGCAAACACUUCAAAUUUAUUUGGGAAAUUAGUUGAAACUAUAUGUUUUUCUUCUACAAAAGGUGAAAUAUCAACAGCUCAAAAGACGCAAGCAGUAUUAGCCAAGGCCCUUUAUCGUAUUUUUUCUUAUGGUGAUACGGUUCCUGCUCUAAAAGCUGCAAUGUGUAUUGUUUCUAAACUUCCCCUAGGACCAACCCGUGAACCUUUAGAAGCCAUAUGGGAGGGAAAUUUGGAGAAAAUGAAGAACGAACUACAUGAAAUGGGUCUAGUAUGAACGAAAACAAAUCAUUUUUUAUUUUUGAUUGUAAUAUAUAUAUGUUUUAACUUUUGAAUAUCACCUUGUUUCUUAUGUGAGCAUUUUCUGUUGAUUUUAUGAUAUCUUUUAUUCAUCAUUUCAAUAAAAUGUUUUCACAUGUAA